AAUGCGGUAGAUAAGAGUUUGCAUUUGCUUAGCUUUUGUUUGAGCCUUGAGAAAGAAACUGAAACAAGAGUUAUGGUCUUGGUUUUGCUUCCACCCCAAAACCGCCAUCGCCAUGGAAGCUGGUAGAGGCAAAGCCCGAACCAACACCGUCCUGUCUCGCUUCUUCCUCUCUGGGUUUUACUGCUGGGGCUGGGAGUUCCUCACUGCCCUUCUCCUUUUUAGUUGUCCUAAUCCCUCCUCCUCAUCCUAAAUUCCUAACCAAACUAACCCAUUAGUUCAAUCAAUCCCCAAAACCAAAAGCGGUUGUGGGUUUUGCUAGCUCAAUUACAUUUGUAACCGAAGUUUUUUUGUUUCACUUUUUGCGUCUGUGUUAUUAUAUCUUUUUUUUCUUUCUGCAUCCAUCGGUUGAAGAUGGCGCAAAGGUCCGUUCCGGCGCCGUUUUUGACCAAGACGUAUCAGUUGGUGGACGAUCCGAGCUGGGACGAUGUCAUCUCGUGGAACGAAAGCGGGACAACGUUUGUUGUUUGGAAGACUGUGGAUUUUGCCAGGGAUAUGUUGCCUAAAUAUUUCAAGCACAACAAUUUCUCAAGCUUCGUCCGCCAGCUUAACACCUAUGGCUUUCGAAAGACGGUGCCGGACCAAUGGGAGUUCGCGAACGACAACUUCCGGCGAGGGCAGAAGGAGCUCCUCGCCGAAAUCCGUCGCCGGAAAUCAGUGACGGCAGGGCCGGGGAAGGCUACUGCCAGCGAGAAAUCCGGAGGGCCGUCGACUCCAUCGAACUCGGGGGAGGAGAUGGCGUCGACUUCGACGUCGUCGCCGGACUCGAAGAACCCGGGGGCGGUGGAGACGGCGGCAAUGGGUCAAGCGUCUGAUUUGUCGGGCGAGAACGAGAAACUGAAGAAGGAGAACGAGAAUUUGAGCUCAGAGCUGGCGCAGACGAAGAAGCAGUGCGACGAGCUCGUGGGUUUCCUGAUGGAUUACCUGAAAGUGGGGCCCGAUCAGAUCAAUCGCAUCAUGCGGCAAGGAAGCUAUGUGUCCACCCGUGAUGAAGAUGAAAAUGAAGAUGAUGAUGCUGAUGAUGAUGAUGACGACGACGGAAAACAAAAAGAGGGCUUGAAGCUGUUUGGGGUUUGGGUGAAAGGGGACGAGAAGAAGAAGAGUAAGAGGACGGAGCGAGAUGAGAAAUUUGGGGUUGGUGUUGGUGGGACCUACGCGAAGAAGAUGAAGAGAGCGGAAUUCGGCGCGCCGAUGUUGAAGAGGGGGAAGGUGUGCAACUGAGCUAGCUGAGCAAGCCGAGCUAAGCGGAGCUAGCUGAAAAGGGGGGCUGGCCUGUGCGCCUGCCCGGACGAUGUUGAAAGACUUUGUUACUGUAGAAGAAAGAAAAGUUUAUAAAGUUUAUAUUUUACAUGUUUAUAUAUGGAAACACCAAACGGUUAAGGUAGUUCCGUAAAGAAGCAAUAGACCGAAAAGUUAUGGUUGUGUAAUAUUGUAGUUGAAAUAAGGACGAAUGGUUUUUGAAUUGGAAGUUUGCUUUGCUGUACAAA